GGGGAGGCGGCGCUGGAGGAGAACCCCUUCUACGGGAAGUACCGACACAAGAUCCAGGAGCUGCGGAGAUCCAGUCCAGAUGUGUUUGAAUCCCGUAUGGAAAAAAGAACAGACGUGAAAAAGCAGCCUGUGGGAUACUCCAAGCAAGGAGAAUUUAUCAGAUGCAUGGAGGAAAAGGCAAAAGGUUUGGGCUCAAAGACAUCUAAGGAAGGAUUCACAAAAGACAAGACACUCGAUUCAAUUCUGAAUGUUGAGAUGGUGAAAGAAAAGUCAGCGGAGGAGAUAAAACAGAUUUGGAAUCAGUAUUUUUCUGCAAAAGAUACAGUUUAUGCUGUUAUUCCUGCAGAGAAGUUUGAUUUAAUAUGGAAGAGAGCCCAGAAGUGUCCGUCGUUUCUAUAUGCUUUGCCAAGAAAAGAAGGCUAUGAGUUCUUUGUGGGGCAGUGGUCAGGAACAGAAUUGCACUUCACUUCCCUAAUAAACAUUCAGACCCAAGGUGAUACUGCCCCUAGCCAGCUGGUCCUGUACCAUUUUCCUGAUCUACAGAAGGAAAAAGGGAUAGUUUUAAUGACAGCAGAAAUGAACUCCAAGUUCUUGGUGGUGCACGAAGCACAGUGCUUGGCGAAUCAGGUGCAGCUUUUCUAUGCAACGGAUCGUUCUGAGACCUACGAACUAGUGGAGACCUUCAACCACAGAUCUAGUGAAUUUAAAUAUAUGUCAGUUAUAGCAGAGCUUGAGCAAAGUGGGCUUGGAAGAGAACUGAGACCUGGUCAGGUUUCUGACACAUCAUAGAGCUAACCUGCAAGUGAAGCGAGCCAGCAGCAGUGAGGGUUUCCUACAUGGGGUGGUCCUGUCCCUUCUGGUUUACAGAUUUGGGUUGGCUGCAGAAAGGAUAUGGAGACAUCCUGGGAGUGUCAAGCCUGUGUGGCACUCAUGCAAGAUGAGGACUUGGGCCAUUUGAACAACAGUAAUUGCCCAAAUGGAGCCUUGUAACUUCCAUCAGAACAAGCCAUUUUCCCAUGUUACUGCUGCAUGCUGUGUGUUUGAAAUCUGAAGUAAAGUGACAGAAGGGAAACU